AUGGUAGUUACAAGGCAGAGCACCCACAGGAACCACUCAGAGAGCGGAGUGAUUGUCAACAACACAGAGAACAUUCUAAUGACGUACGAUCAUGUGGAGCUCUCCUUCAGUGACAUGGAUCACGUGACAGAUGCCUUCAAAGGAACCAAGAAAGGCAGCCUGUAUUUGACUCCUUACCGAGUUAUUUCUCUGUCCAAGGGAAAGGACUCUAUGCAGUCAUUCACGAUGCUGUUUUACCUAAUUAAGGACUAUGAGAUCAAGCAGCCUGUGUUUGGUGCAAAUUACAUCAGAGGAACAGUGAAGGCUGAAGCAGGGGGUGGCUGCCAAGGAUCAGCUGUAUACAGAUUGAUCUUUGCAGCAGGGGGCGCCAUCGAGUUUGGACAGCCAAUGCCACAGGUAGCUUCCCAAGCCUCCAGAGGUGAAGCCCCCGAUGGAGCUUAUGGGUACUCUUACGUGUGCAAUGGAAUCUAUGUUUUUCCUAUGCCAGCUACCAAUGGAACGUACCCAAACCUUCCAAGCUAUCCCUCUGCGCCACCUCCACCUGAGUUUUAUGCAGGACCUACCGUGAUGGAUGGGGCCAUAGGGUACAUGCAGUACAUGCAGCCCUCACCACCUCUGUAUCUUGAACCCAUGGAGCCACUUGGUGGUAACCUUGAUGUACCAUCUACUCCUGUAACUGAAGCAAAAGCUGCUGCCAGCACCUGCUAUGACCCUCUAAAUCCCCAUAAUGUCUACAUGCCCAUGGACCAGCCUCCACCACCUCCAUUCUACCCCCCAGAAGACAAGAAGACCCAGUAG